UUUUUUCUACGUUCCCCGCACUAAGUCUAAGUUCUAGACGAAGAUGUUAAUCUGAGCUAAGAGUAGAGCUAGUCUGUGGAGCAGGCGUCCGCACCUACUAAUUAUUAGCUCGUCUAUAGUCUCGUGGUGUCACAACUUCCGUCUCACAGGGGGGAGCGGAGCCUUGGCGUUCCGAGGUUUCGUUUAUCUGUUGUGCAAUCCCGCCUGCAAUUCACGCAAUAAAUUCUGUUGAAUAAGCAGACUUAAGGGUCGUGAUCGGAAAAGUCAUCGGUUAUUUGUAGUGCAAGAUUGUAUUCUGCUGAAUUAUUUGUGCUUUUUUUCCUCGGAACGAUCGAAAUACGGUAUUGAAAUGCAGUACAAUGUGAUCUGUGCCUUCUUGUUUGUUGGGCCGAGAAAUGAAUGUAGAUGUCUUCGGAUGAAUAAAGAAAUCCUAGAUCGGACAAAUCUCACUUAAAUUAGCCUGGCAGUCGGACUACCCUUCGUUCAUUACAUAGGGCGGACACGACUGUAUACGGCUUCUUGCUGAUCACGUUUACACCGAGCUUUCUUGCACUGCUAAAUGAAAAUCUCAGUAGUAACGGCACGCAUUCAAUAAAUUUCGUCAAAGAAUUCUUUUGAUUUUGAACAGAAAGUUCAUUUUCCGCAAAUACUUGCAACUUCUCUGUUUCAAGACGGGGUUUUACCAUUUUAGAUGAACAGUGGAGGAAUAUGUUUUCUUAUCUAUACCGAGGGUGUUUCUCAGUUUAGUUCUUGAGAUAACAGCUAGUAGCUGUUUUGGAGAAGAAGUGCAUACCUUGCCGUGCGCAACGAAUUUUGAAACUUCGCAAAUCUUUUGUAGCGGUUUUUUUGACGACGGGACGUGAUGAAUUGAAUAAUACAGUCGUUUUUUCUCGAUCGCUUCAGUAGAAUUUUGUUUCUGUAUCAUGACUUACGUACUUUACUCCCGUGCACUUGGUGGUUUUUUGAAUUUGUUGACGUCUGAAUCGAUUGUAGUUUAGUGACUGGAUAGAAAAACAAAUCUGCGUGUCAAAUCCGACGAAAAAUAUGACGCGUUGUCCUCUAUAUGCCGAUCAGGCGCAGCUGAAAUAAGCGCCCAGUUCUUGUGAGCUGCACGUUCAGGAGUGCGUCUGCAAUUUAGCAUAACACAUUUGACCACACGUCAGCAAAUCAUGUCGCUCGAAAGUCCACCACCUCUUCUCCAUCACCCGCCGCCGGAGGGCAGCUGGAGUGAGCUGAUCAGUGGGAUCCCUUUACUCGACGAGAUGUGGCAGUGGACGGGGCUGGGCGACGAUGUCGUGUUCUACGCCCACUUGCUGCUCGUUGCGGUCAUUGGGUUCGUCUUGUUCGUGCUCGACGCGAACCCGGGCAACGCCGGAUACGUCUGCUCCCACUUCGUCUUUCCCGAGGACAUUCCCUACGAGCUAUUCUACAACCCGGUAUUGGACAUGAUCUCGCGCUGGCUCACCGCGGGCAGCUGGAUUUGGCCCACCCGCGCCAACGUGAAGACGGUCGAAGUGGAGGAAAGUUUACCCGAAAAGCUGAAGCGGUCAGACAGCUUUCUCGCCCUGGAAAAGCGGGAUAAAGGAGGUAUAAACGAAUAUCCAUUUCCGUUGAUACUAGACAUGCAGUACUUACAUGAAUUCAGUCUCUUCAGUUCUUUCAUGAGAGCAUGAGCAAAUAACUGGAUUGGUGUCCUCCACUUUUCAUUUUUCAAAAUUAAUCGAAUUCAGGUCGUUGCUCUGCCGCCUCCCCGACUUUUUGCAGCAAGGUUCCGCCAAAGUCCGGCGCAGUGCUGGUUGAGAAAGAGCGACAAGCAAAAUAUACCAUGCUGCCACGAGCAGAAUGCGAGUUCCAGCAGUUCCCACCGCACAAACUGGACACCGACCUGUGGUUCAAACUGCGAGUCAUAUGGGGCUAUUUGAAGAUCGCAGCAGCCGCUGUGGUCAAGGAGAAUGUACUGAUGUUUUCUGUUUCAUAUGAGACACGUGUAUACAUCGCUAAAAAGAGAAAUAGGUUCUUGCUAAACCUUGUCAACGAUUUUGUAGAGAAAUCCGCUCCGAAAAAACUGAAAAACAGCUUUGGUUCGUGCAGUGGCUUUUCAAGCUCGAGCCCGGCUACAGCUUCUUCACCCGGUCGAAGCGCACGGGUUUCCAGGCUCUCUUCAUCGAGCACGCGUUCCAGAUGUACGAGGACUGCUGGAACCGGCCGAUCUGCGGCGCCCCGGCCUCCACCGUGGAAGUGGUUUUCCGGGAACGAAAAGACCAGCCACUACUCGCCCCCUAUUUACCGCUCUCGAUGACGACCAAGUCGGUGAAGUGCACCAAUUUAGGCAGCUACAACUACCUGGGCUUCGGCGGCGUCGACGAGUACUGCACGCCCCUGGUCGCGAAGUGCAUCCGCGAGACGGGUUUGUCCACCGGGUCCACGCGCGGGGGGAUAGAGGGGACACAUGUUGUGCAUAAAGAGCUCGAACGGCGGGUGGCGGAAUUUCUCGACAAGGAGGACGCCUUCGUAAUCGGGAUGGGCUUCGCCACAAACUCAACCAUCAUCCCCUGUCUCAUCGACCCCGCAGGGAAUGGAAAAGGGUAUAAUUCAACUUUGUAAAUAUCAAUGAGGGUUGCGGUUUUAGGAUUUAGGGUUUCUUCCCACUUAGCAAAGUCGAGCAGAUCACGCCUCUUUUGGUAAGGAGGACAGGAACCUCAGCUCUUCAGUGCAGCUCGGUCUGACCCGCAGCUCGCUUUCAGAUUUAUCAGCAAUUAAAAGUUGUAUCGCCAUCGAUGUAUGAAAAAUCAUUUUCAAAACACAGAUGCCUGAUUCUCUCUGACGAGCUGAACCACAAGUCGAUUAUCGAGGGCGUCCGCAUGUCCUGGGUGUCUGUGAAAUCCUUCCAGCACAAUGACAUGGUGGACCUGGAGCGCAAACUGAAGCAGGCCUGCGACGUCGGUCAGCCGAACGGGCUUCCCUGGCGGAAGAUCCUGGUCAUCGUCGAGGGCAUCUACAGCAUGGAGGGCGACUUCGCGAGACUGCGCGAGAUCGUGGCUCUCAAGGACAAGUACGGCGCUCUGCUCUACCUCGACGAGGCGCACUCCAUCGGGGCUGUCGGUAUUGGCUGGUUUUAGAUACGAGUAUGAUUGAUUUCCAACAUGCGCAUUUGCAUUCAGCAGAGGCAGAACUAGUGAAAGCGAUUGUGAUCUAUCAUUGAACUUUGCGUUUGUGGUACUGGUUCUAAAAAAGUCGAAAAGCACUACUCUCCCAAAUGAAAACCCCGAACAGGUGAAUCUGGGCGCGGCAUUACCGAGCUUCUCGGCGUGCCUAGGUCGAAAAUCGACGUGAUGAUGGGUACCUUCACCAAGUCUUUUGGUUCCGCCGGCGGCUACAUCGCGGCGGACGCAAAGGUGAUCGCCAACUUGAGGAAAAACAGUCCGAACGCCACUUUCGCGCCUGCGAUGUCACCCGCCUGCGCCGCGCAGGCCUUAGCAGCCCUGGACUUGCUGAAGCACGAACGCGGAAAAGCGAAGAUCGAGUCCCUGCGGCGGAACAGCAACCACUUCCGCCGACGGCUCGCGGAGAUCGGGUUUUGGGUGUUGGGGGACGAGGACUCACCCGUGGUACCAGUCUUGAUGGACCAGGAGUCCAUGUGGUACUUCUCCGUGAAAGGCAUGCAGCAGGGCGUCGCCAUCGUGGUCGUGUGCGCGCCGGCCACACCCUACAUGCUGCCCCGGGCGCGGUUCUGCGUGUCCGCGGCGCACACGAUCGAGCAGAUCGACCAGACGUUAGUGGUGCUGGAAAAGCUCGGGAAGCAGCUCGGGAUCCUGUUCCGCAAAAACGACAAGUGCUUGACCAAUCCGGCCUACUACAACUGGCUGCGGGACGCGCCGUUGGAGGUCGGGCGAUACGAGAAAACGCCCAAAUUCGAGCCAUUAGGUAUGGUAGAGGAGUACUCCGAGCCGGAGCCGAUUGCGACAACAAAGGAUGCGGCGAAGAAGUUCGGGGUGUUUGACCCACUGGGUUUGAUCCAGGACGCGCCGGCAUCGUUACCCAACACCUGCGAGCAGUACCUGUCGACGCACGGCUUCGGAACCUGCGGGCCCCGGGGGUUCUACGGCACCACCAUGGAGCAUUUAUCACUAGAAAAGGCUUUGUCGGACCUGCUGCAGGCAGAGUCCGCGAUCUUCUACGCGCAGGGGGUCAGUGUGGCGUCGUCCGUGUUGGCGUCGCCGAUGCUCGGUGCGAAGGAUCUGGUAUGUGCAUGGAUUUCUGAUGGUUUUGCGUAGACGUGAGCAUGAUGUGUUUUUGUCCAUUCUCCUGAAGCAAAUUUAUACCGAAAAGGACGCGACACUAUUCUGAAGCUUCAACACACAUUUUUUUCCCAAAAGAAAUAGAAACGCACUACUAUAUCAGGUUUUCUGCUUCGGCAAGUGCCACUACGGCAUCAAAUCCGGUCUCCGGUUGAACGGCAAGUGCACCCUCGUGUUUGUGGAGGACAUGCGGGAGCUGCAGGACUGGCUUUCUGACUGGAAGAAGGUGGAGCGGAUCGACCGGGAGAAAGUCGGCUUCCGGGAGGGCGCGGACCUGUUCGGCACUUUGCCAGAACGAUUCACAACGCUGGAGCGCGAGAUUGUGCCGUUAGACGAGUAUGGCAAGCGGUUCCUGGUCGCCGAGGGUUUGUACCAGUGCGACGGGAGUAUUUGCGACUUGCCCCGCCUCGCGCAACUGAAGGAUUUAUACCGGCUCAGCCUGGUGGUGGACGAGACGCUUUCCCUCGGCGGCGUCGCCCCGCGCGGCGUGUGCGAGUACUUCCAGAUGCCCCAGUCCACGGUGGACAUCUACCUCGGGUCGUUAGAAUUCGCGAUCGGCUCGGUCGGCGGGUUUUGCGCGGGCCAGUUCCACGCCGUCCGCGACCUGAGGCUAACGUCCUCCGGCUACUGCUUCUCCGCCUCCGCCCCGGGCGUGUCCUGUCUGUGGAGCAAGGAAGUGCUGGAAGAGCUGCAGUGGUGCACAAAUCCAUCAACGUCAUCAUUGCAUAAAGGAGCAUGUUCAGAGGAUGGUGGUUCCACCACUCCCAGCACGGAUUUCCCCGAAGGAUCCACCUCUUCGACCUCUGUCGAGCCGAGCUCCAGAGUGUCGGAGUUGUCCAGUUCCUCGUCGCAGGAAGGCGACAGUCAGAAUCUCCGAAAACGGCGGUCGGACUCCCCACCGGAAGAACAAGCGCCGAUAGUACCACCAACACCAACGUCCGGCUUGCACUCCCGCACGCCCUCGUCGUGUAGCAGCAGCGGGCAGAGCAUGCAAGACAAGGCAGAGCACGGUAGCACGACCAGCAGCACGGCCAGCGAGCCGCACAGUACUUCUAUGGCAGGUGGAAAAAUUGUGAAUCUGCAGCACGCAGGUAUGGACCACAACACGUCGGGGUGUACCACGGUCGCGGCCACGGAGUCCGACGACGACGACGAGAAGCAGAGCAGUCGGUCGCAGACCAGCGAGAGCGUGCACAAUUGUUCCUUCGAGAAUUUAAGAGACCGGUGGACGCGGUUGCAGCAGAUCACCGAGAAAUUGCAGACCAGCGCGAAGAGGAUACUAUCGGAAAAGUACGAGGUCCGCGGAAGCAACUACGUGAUACACCUGAAGCCGAAAAUCCUCAUCCCCUCCACCUCUCAUUACUCCUCGGGCGACAGCGACAGUGGGCUGUCGGACUCCGCAACGCGGGGCCGCCAGUUCUCGGUCCACAGCUCUACUCGGAAGUCGGUCUGCGAAAAGACGAGGAUAAAGUACCAGAAGGCGCUGGAAGCGGUGAAGGCCGCCACCGGGCUGGACAUCUUCGAGCGACCAUUGACCGAGCGGGCGCUGGACACCCGGUUGUGCAUCCACACCGAGUGGACCCCCACCCUCAGAAUAGCCGUCUCCUGCCUGCACACACCGGAACAAAUCGACAGUCUGCUCACCGUCGUGCGAGACAGCGCGACUUGGUGA